AUGACGUCACAUAUUGGUGUUUCAUGCGAUUCAUGUUUAAAAACAAAUUUUUCUGGUCGACGUUAUAAAUGUUUACAAUGUGAUAAUUAUGACCUUUGUGGUUCAUGUUAUGAUAUGGCAGCCGAAAGUCAGAAUCAUAUUCAAAUGCAUCCAAUGCAAUGUAUAUUAACUAAAACAGCAUAUGAAUUAUUCUAUGCAGGCGAAUUAAUAUCUUAUCGAUCCGUUGUUUCAUUAACAUGUCCCUAUUGUGGUUUAUCUGGUUUCACAGCAAAUACUUUAUUAUUACAUUGUUUAGAAAAACAUUCAAUCAUGUUGUCCGAAACUAAAACAAAUCAAGCUGUUAUGUGUCCUAUAUGCGUAAUUAAUCCAUUAGAAGGAUAUCAAUCACGCUUUGUUUCAUUAGCUGAUCAUAUUGCAAGAGAACAUGAUGAUGGCGAUUUAUCGACAAAUCAAAUGAAACAAUUUGAAACUAGAAAAGAAGAUUUUGAUCAAGACGAAGAUGAAGAUGAAGGAUUACCGUUAUAUAUACUUGCAGAACGAUUGUUUACUAAAGAAGAAAGUCGUCGUCAAGAAGCAGCUCGUCAAAGAUUGACACAAACAAUGAUUCGGAAUGAUUCUAGUAAUGCAACAUUAAAUAAGAAUAUAGCAUCUCAUCGACACGCUCUUUCAAGACAAUCAGCAACGAAAAGUUCUCGAGGAAGUCAUAGAGGUCAUUUUAAUAAUUGUCCAUAUGGAACAGUAUCUCGUACAACGACUGGUGCAUUUCGUAUUCCGUUUGAUACAACAAUAGAAAAUACAAUUGUGUCAGAUCCAUAUGCAGCUAUACUUUUUUCUCAAGAUCCUCUAUUUGAUUUUGAUUCUCCACUUUCUGAUUUAGCCAAUUCACCAUUUUUUCUUACAUCAUCUGUUCCAACACUUGAAUCGACAAAUAACGAGCGAAUAGUUCAGAAAAAAUCAAAUCUAUCGAAUAUCAAGCAAAAAUAUCUUAAUCCUAUUCAACAACAAAUGAUCUUAACUGAGCCAACAGCAUCUAAUUAUCAAUUAUGGCAACAAGAUGUUUCCUCUACAUUUAGUAAUAUUAAUUUUAUAACAGAUACUAAUAUUCCAACUGAAACUAAUACGGUCAAUGAUUGCUCAUUGAGAAAUUCAGAAAGUGAUUCACGAUCAUUACUUGGAAAAAUUCUAAAAGCUGAUCAUGGAAACGAGUCAUCACGAAUAAUAGAUUCCGAGCAAGAUCAUUCAUUUUUCUUACAAUCAUUGAUGCUCUCAUUGAUGAAUACUAGUAUCGAUAAAGAAGAAUUAUGUUAA